AUGGAUAUAGAAUAUGGAGGAGCUCGAGAUUUUGGAAAAUAUAUUUGUAACAAGGAAGAGAAGAUUCCUCUAUCUUAUAAUAAAAAAUAUAUUGCUGAAAUAGAAGAAAGUCAAGAGAAAUGUAAGAAUGAUUCAUUAUUAUUUAUGAAUUGUAAUUUUUAUAUUGAUGAUUUUGUAAGUUUUUUCUCUAUAUGUAAUACAUUAGACAAUACUAAUACACAAACGAAAUGUAUAUAUGAGAAUGAAAAAAAUUCAGUGCAACAAUCAAAUGAAUUAAACAAUGAUAUGAAUAACAAUAGUAUUAAUAAAUCAACGUUGGGUAAGUUAAAUAUGGAAAAUACGAUGGAAAAUAAUUAUACUUCUAUUAAUGAAAAUAAUAAUAAUUAUAAUAAUUAUUAUAUAAAUAAAAUACAUAACAAUUCUGCUUUUGAAUAUCAAGAUAUGGAUAGAACACCCAUGAAAAAUUACAUAGAUAAUAAUAAUAAUAAUAAUAAUAAUAGUCAUAAUAAUAAUGAUGAUGUUAAUACUUAUUUGUAUGAUAAUUAUCUAGAAAGCCAAUUUAAUCAAACGAUAAGAAAUCGAUACAACUAUACUCCCAAUGAUCAAAUAAGUACUUGCGCAAAAAGUUUUAAUACAUGUAUAAAAACAUUUGAAGAACAAUCUUCUUCAAGUUCUAAAAAGAAUGUAUAUAAUUCUUAUAUUAACAAAAAAGAGAAUCUUGAAAUAUUAAUAGUUCAAAAUGGUGGUGUAAUACAUAAUACUUUGACUAACAAAGUAACCCACAUUAUUAGUAAUAAUAUGGCAUUAGGUUCUAAGAAAUAUAUGGAUUAUAAAAAAGCCAUAAAAAAAUCUAAAGUCUUCAUAGUUAUAGAUAAAUAUAUUUUCGAUUGUGUAAACAUGAAAUGUCGUUUACCUGAACAAUCAUAUUUGCCUUCCAUGUUACGUUAUAACUGUCAUCAAAUAACCGAAUAUUUUUCUUUAAAAAAAAAAGAUAAGGAAAAGAACAAGAAAAUGCAAAACAAAAAAAAUCAUGAUCAAAUAUUUUUGAACGAACAUAAUAAAGAAGGGGAACAAAAUAAUGUAUCCAUUUUAGAUGUCCCCAAAUGUGAUAAACAAUUAAAUGAUUAUUAUAUGGAAAAAAAUAUAAAUACAUGUGAUAAUAAGACAAAUGUUAAUAAUAAUUUAAAUACAACUGAUAUGUAUGGAUCAAAUGAUGACAAUAAUUUAUUAGUACAAAAAGGUAUGGAGAACGAUGACAAUUUGAAUUAUAUAAAGGAACAAAAGCUUACUGAAGAAAAUAAUAAUAAAGAAAAAAAAGAAAACAUUACUAAUAAUAAUAAUAUAAAUAAACACCUAGAAAUAUUAAAUAUGAAUAUGGAUUAUGAAAAUGUAAAAAAAUUUAUAAUAAGCAAUUCGAAUGAAUAUUUCAAAAGGUUACAAGAAUAUUAUUUGGAAAAAGAGUUAAAAGAAAAUAUAUAUAUUAACGUUUCAUCAAAUUUAUAUUUAAAUAAAAAUACAUUUGAGGAUUUUUCUAGAAAAUACAGAAUAUUAAAUUAUUUAAGUGAUGAAGAAAUUAAAUGGUUAAAAUGUAAAAGUGAAUUAAAUAUAAAUAUAAAAAACCUUUGGGAAAAUGAUAUAAUUCAUUUUUUCUUUGACUUAGUUUUAAGAAAAAAAGAACAUUUCAACAAUAAUACUAUUGCUAAUAAUAAUAAUAAUAAUAAUAAUAAUAAUAUAGGUGAUAAUAAUAAUAAUAGUAAUAUUGAUAAUAAUACACAAUGUUGUAUAGAUACAAAUACAUCAAACAGUUAUAUAUCUGAAAAUUUAAUAGACAGUAUUAGCGCUUAUCUAUACAAUUCUAGAUUAUACAUUUUGGGUAACUGGAAUUAUAUAUCUAAAGAAUUAUUUAAUUUUGAUGAUAUAAAAGAAUAUGAUGAGAAGGGUUCCAAAAAAUUCGUUUACUUAUAUAUCGAUUUUGACAAUUACUUUUUAAAUGCAAGUAUAAGUAAUAAAAUGUGUAUGUAUGAGAAAAAGAAGUUAAUGAAAAGUGAAAUAUUUUGUGUAUGUCAUAGUUUAAAAAAGGAAGAUAGUUAUGGUAUUAUUAGUUCAACAAAUUAUUGGGGAAAAAAAAAUAAAAUACUUAAAGGUAUGGUUAAAGGGGAAGCUACAAAAAUGCAUAAGAAUAUAAAUUUUGUAAAAUAUGAUUUUAGUAAUAUAUUAAAAUGUAGUUAUUUAUUUUUAUUAGUAUUAAUAAAUUAUUCAAAAAAUGUUCGUGUAUUAUCAGUAGAUGAAUCAAUACUUCAACUUUUUUAUGAAAAAGAACAAGACAUUUUUAUAAUAUCUAAAAAAAUUUCUAAUGAUAUAUAUAGACUAACCAAUUUAAGUGUAUCCAUAGGAAUUUCUCAUGAUUUAAGUACAUCAAGAAAAGCUUUAAAGUUUUGUAAAAAGCGUUUUAUGUUUUUUGAUUUUUAUCAUCAUUUUAAUAUUUUUAUAAAGAAGUAUAUUAGUUUAAAAAAUAAGGACACUAACAUGAAUGCAGAAGGUUCCAACGAUGAUAUUAUGAAAAGUAAUAAUAUAUCAAAUGAUAAUAUUAAUAAUUCAAAUAAUAUAUCAAAUGAUAAUAUUAAUAAGUCAAAUAAUAUAUCAAAUGAUAAUAUUAAUAAUUCAAAUAAUAUAUCAAAUGAUAAUAUUAAUAAUACAAAUAAUAUAUCAAAUGAUACUAAUAUUACGGGUGAUUAUUCAUUCAAAUGUAUGAGUGACAAUUUACUUAAGGAUUUAUUUAAGGAAUAUCUUUCCUUUGAAAAAAAAAGGAAAAGUGAAUUAAAUUAUAAUGUAAAUAAUAAAGAUAUAUACAAUAUGAAUACAGAUAAUAUAUAUUUUAUGAAUCUUAUAAAAGGAAAGAGAGAAAAAGAAGUUGAAUAUAUUUAUAAUAAAUUCCUUGAAAUGAAUAAAGAAAAUAUUGAAGAUAUUGUAAAUACAUAUUUUGAAGAAGUAACUCAUCCAGUAAGUAAAUAUUUUUUUUUUUAUAAACCAAAUGGAUAUUAUUUUAAUAUUUUAAAAAAUAUAAAUUAUUUGAAUGGAUAUUUUAUUUCAUUUAAUAUGUAUUAUCUUCCACAUAUUGAAAAUAAUAAUAAUAAUAGUAAUAGUAAUAAUAGUAAUAAUAAUAAUAAUAAUUGGUUAAAUAACAAGAUGGAUAGAAAUAUAAAUAAAAAAGAAUUAGAAAACAACGAUGAAAAGAAAAGUAUCAAUAUUAGUGUCAAUUAUGGUGUGAGAUUUAAUAAAAUUAAUGACUUUUAUUAUCUCAUAUAUUUUAUGACUAAACAGUUGUAUUUACGUUUAAAAAUAAAGAAUUUGAAAGCUAAACAUUUAAAUGUAAACUUUUUUAUGAAAGCUGAAAAUGAAAAUAUAAAUCCUAUGAAAUAUCUCGGUAGAGGAAGAGUUAUUAGAAUAAGUAGUAAAAUUAAAUUAAAUCAACAUACCAAUUGUUUUUUUGUAUUUUUUUUUAAAGUUAUACAUAUAUUUGAUUUCUUAGCAAAUAAUUUAAGUGAUUUAAGAGGAGUCCAAAUUAUUUGUUCAGAUACCAUUAAUGAAAACAAAACGCAUGUUAAUAAAAAAAGUAUUUUAUAUUAUUUCUACGUAAGUGAAGAAAAAAAUAUUAAAAACAAGAAAAAGUGUACAUAUGUAUCAAGUUGGAAGGAUGACAAUUUUUUAGAAAUACCACAAAAAGGAAAUGACAAUAAUCAGGUUGAAGAAAAAAAUGUAAGAGAUCUACAAAAAAUAAAUGAAAAUAAAAUAGACCUGCAUAAAAUAAUGUUAUCAUCACAACAGAAAAAUGAAAUAAAAAAAAAAGAAAUAAAUGGGAAUGUAUCAAAGAAUAAUAUAAAUGGUUCAAGUAUAUUAAGUUAUAUAAAAGAUAAAAAUAAAGGAACUAAUAUAUUAAGAACUCAAAUUAAUUGGACACAUAAUAAUAAUAAAAAAGAAAUUUAUAAAACUGUAAGAAAAGGAACAAGUACAAGAAGAAAAAUAAAAAACAAAAUAAAUACACAUAUAUGUUAUGAUAAAAAUGCAAAGAAUAAUAAAUCAUAUGAGUAUGAAUAUAAACAAAAUAUUCUAAAUUAUUUUGUAAAUAAUAAUCAUAAUAGUAAUAAUAUAAGUCAGACUCAAAUAAAUAAGAAGGAAAAUAAUUAUCAAAAUAAUCAAAAUAAUCAAAAUAAUCAAAAUAAUCAAAAUGUUUCUUUAUGUUCUUCAUCAAAAACUAUAAAUAAAGAUUUAAAAAGAAAAUGUAACAUUCUAAGAAAUAAAGCUAAUUUUUUAAAUAUUAGAAAAAAAAUAAAAAUUUCGAAGAAUCAUAAAAUAUCCGACUUUUUUCCAAGUAUAUUAAAAAAAAAUAUAUAUAGAAGAAAUAAUAAAAAUAUAUAUGAUGAUGAAAUAAAAACAUAUUCUAAUGGAAAUAUUAUAAUGCAUACUAAUAUAUUCGACAGUAUUAUUAAUAAGAAAAUAAAAAAAGAAAAUGAUGAAGAAAACGAAGAAAAUGAAUUAUAUGAUGAUAAUAACCGUGAUAAAAAUUAUAACAUGAAAAAAGAAAAAUACACAUGUUGUUAUGUCUGUUAUAAAGAAAUAACACAAUGUCUAUUAAAUAAAGAAAAUUUAUUUCAAGAAAAUCAUAAUUGUACUGAUUUAUGUAGAAAUGAUAUAUUUUGUUUUACAUAUAUUAGUAAUAACUUAUUUUUAUUCAAUCAAAAAAAUGAAAAACUAAAUUUAUAUUUAUAUAUAAAAAAAAUUAUCAAUUCAUAUAGAUCAGAUUUUAAUAACAAAUUCAAUGAACAUGAUUGUCUUUGUGAUAAUAUUUUAAAAAAAAAUGAAGAAAAUAUAUAUUACUUAAAUAAGUUUAUGGUAAAGGUUAUAGAUGAUAUAUGUGAAAUAUUGCAUAAAAAAAGAUAUAUUGAUGUUUUACAAAUUUUUCUAAAGAAUUUUAAGUAUGUUUGGUCUUUAAAUAAUCAACUAUUUCCGGAAAUCUUUCAACGAAUAUUAAUCAAAUACAAUAUAAAUCAUAUAACCACCUAA